ACAAAAGUUUUUGAAUAAGACGAACGGUCAAACAUGUUUAAAAAAGUCAACGGCGUCAAACCAUUAGGGAAGGAGGAAAUAAGUCAUAAUAAGGUUAAUUGGUUGUAGUAUAGUUAAGGUGUAAUUAUAUUACAAUUAUACUAUAUUUAUAUUUGAAAGUUUUCCAUAAAAAAUACUUGCGGUAGUUUUUAAGAUAGUCCCAACUGUAAUCUCUUCAAGUGACCAGAAUUUGUUUUCUAACAGCACAGUUAAAUUGGGACUUUUGUAUUCCUAGUUUACAUUUAUUUGAGAAGCUUUUGAAAAAUGUUACUUAGGUUGUGUUUAGUUCAGCGCAAAGUUUAAAUUUUAGUUAAAAUUGAAGAUGAUGUGACUGAAAUGUUGUGUGUUUAUGACAGAUUGAUGUGAUAAAAAAGGAGAUCCAAACUUUGAAUCUAAACACAGCCUUAUCCACUAGUAUGAAGAGCUGAAAUUGUUCCUAUCAAACAAAAAAGAGCUGCGAAAUUGUCAGUCCUUGAGUUCAAAUUCAGUCACCAACUGUUCGACGGAUUGCUAGUUUGCCACCAUCACCGACGCUCCCAUGCCCGCCGCCGCCGGAGACGUCAACUCGACGUGGACGCUGGCCAUCCGCGCCGCCGCGGACCAAGGCCGCCCACGCCGCGCCGUCGCGCUCUACCUCUCGUCCCUCCGCUCGGGCCGCCGCCCCUGCCCCUUCGCGCUCGCCGCCGUUCUCAAGUCCGUCUCCCGCCUCCUCCUCCCCGCCGCGCACCCGCUCCUCGCCGCGGCCGCGGCCUCGAUCCACGCGCACCUCCUACGCCUCGGCCUCCUCGCCCACCCCUACCCGCGCGCGGCGCUCGCCCACCUCUACGCGCGCCUCCCCGAUCCCUCCCGCGCGCACAGCCUGCUCGACGAAACGCCGCCCCGGCCGCCGCGGGGGCGGGCGGGGGCGCACUCCUUCCUCGUCUCACGAAACUCGCUCCUCGCCUCCCUGCUCCGUUCCGGGGACCUCGCCGCGGCGCGCGCGCUGUUCGACCGGAUGCCCGUGCGGGACGUCGUGUCCUGGAACUCCAUGGUCGCCGGCCUCGCCAAGGCCGGCCACCUAGACGCGGCCAUCGAGCUCUUCGACAAAAUGCCCGAGAGGAACGCCGCCUCCUGGAACGCGGUCAUGUGCGGCUACAUCGCCCAGGGCGACCUGGCCCAGGCGAGGGAGCUGUUCGAGCAAAUGCCCGUGAGGAGCAACGUCUCGUGGAUCACGAUGAUAUCCGGCUACGCCAACUCCGGCGAUGUUCACGCUGCCGGCGAAUUAUUCGAGCGGAUGGAGAACAAGAAAGAUCUUUACGCGUGGAACGCGAUGAUCGCCUGCUACGCAAAGAAUGGCUGUGCAAGGGAGGCUCUUGCUGUUUUCAAUCGUAUGUUGAAGCCUCAUGUGUGGGUGAUGCCCAAUGAGAAGACCUUCUCGUCAGUCAUCUCGGCUUGCUCGCAGCUUGGAGACUUGAGGUUUGGCUUGUGGGCUGAGAGUUUCAUGGGGUCUGUGGGGAUUGAGCUGGAUGAUCAUUUGCGCACCGCUCUGGUGGAUUUGCAUACCAAGAGUGGGCGGAUCGACAGAGCUUUUGAUCUGUUCAGAGGUUUGGGGAUGCGAGAUGUGGUGUCUUACAGUGCGAUUAUCGUGGGCUGUGGGAUGAAUGGCAAGUUCAAUGAAGCUGUUAGUUUGUUCAAGGAGAUGUCCGAUGCAAAGAUUAGUCCCAAUGCAGUGACCUUUGUGGGGUUGUUGUCUGCUUAUAGUAAUGCCGGGCUAAUGGAAGAAGCCCGUGCUUGCUUUGCUUCCAUGACAGAAAAAUAUAAGAUUAGCCCUUCAAUGGAACACUACACCAUCAUGGUAGAUCUUCUUGGACGUAGUGGAAAAUUGGAUGAAGCAUAUCAACUGAUCAUGCAGAUGCCAAUGAAGCCAGAUGCUAGCAUUUGGGGUGCUCUACUUCUUGCUUGCAGGUUGCACAACAAUGUUGAGCUUGGGGAAAUUGUUGCUUCCAAGUGCUUUGAACUUGAGCCAGGAGAGAGUGGAUAUUAUAUUCUUUUGGGUAACAUAUAUUCAGAAGCAAACAAAUGGGAGAAAGUUAAGAGGCUAAGAAAGAUAAUGGCAGAAAGAGGCUUAAACAAAAUGCCUGGGAGUAGUUGGGUUCAGGCUUCUUAAGUCCAUUCUCUUGAUUUCACUGAUUUCGAUUAAUUCAUUCAGUUCAUAAAUCAACAUUCAAAUAUUCCUUGCGUCAAAAAAACAUUCAAAUAUUCAAAGCUUGACUAGUAAAAUUUGACAAGUUGCAGAGAAUGCUGGAGUCUGCUGUCUCUUGUUUGGGCAGCUUAACAAAUUUAUACAAGGUUCCCCCGAAACUUUGAGCAUUGAUCAGGAAUUCCGUAAUUGGUUUGUUAUCAUCACCCUUUGUUCAACACGUAAAUCUUUCUGUUAGCUAUGUAAUGUGUGCGCCUUCCAUAAUUGAUGCUAAUUUUCCAUGCACAUAGAAACGUUCUUUUGAAAUGCUGAUGAAUAUCUUUAAUAGUUGCUUUUGGGCAAGUAGGAAAAUAGCUUUGUUAAGUUGAUAAAUUCAUGAGCUUCAAACGCAUAUAACACUGAUUGUUACUGCAUAUUGUAAUUAGGAUGGAAUUUUUUCAUUUCAAAUCCACACUAAAUGUAAUCACCUGUUUUCUGAUGGCUUUUCUCCUUCUCACAAGAAUUCUAUUACAAAACAUGUGUUCAUGGAAUAUGAUAGUGAAAUAAAUUAUGCAAAAAAAAAAUAUAGGUGGUGAAAUAGAAUCUCCUUGAGGUUUUCAUCGUUAUGAUGCCUUUAUGUUUUUCAGGAAUAAUUUCAAGAAGUUAUUUCCUGCAAAGUUUGCAAGUUGUAACUGCGACAUCAGUCUCUACAUUUAACUUGGCCAAAAGAUCAUACUUGCCAUUACCAGGAAAAAUAGCAUCAAUAAUGAAAAAAAGAUCAUACUUGGCCCAACUGUCCCUGUUGACCGCAACCUCAGUCAAAUUAUAACAGGGUACAGGUAAGAUAAGGGUCAUCAGACAUCCGGAAGACAGGAACAGAUUACCGCACUGGCAUGUUGUUUCUGUCAACUAAUGUGCUCGUAUCCAGCUUCUGGUUCUGGAUCGCAGGAAUGGAUUUUAUGACAGUACAUUACAAUAGAUGUUGAAUCCUGAAUUGGUGUCAGUAUUCGAAAAGCCUUGUUUGCGGCAGCAUUACACAUUUGCUUCUGAAUCAUUGUUUGCUGAAGCAUUUGGAGCGAUGAUUAUUGGAGGAAGAAGAUGCAAGCAAUCGACGAUUCUCAGAAAACCUUUUCUGUGCUAUGCAAUGGAUCAAAAUAAGGGCAUCUUUUAAGUUUUUUAGGAGAUAUUCUUCUGUUCUAAGCGGGAAAAGAAGAGCUUAUGUCCUUCAUUCCUGUCCCCGUUUUUGUAGUUUAAGGUACGGUCGCAUGUGAGAUAUGGUGAUAUUUACGUACUCAAUGUUGAUAAAAUUCAAUCAAAUAUUCAGCUCAUUUGCUAGGUGCUUAUAUUUUGUAAGCCAUUUAAAUGUUCAA